CCUCCCUCCACUACUCCACACUCAAACCUCUGCGUUAUUCCCGCUGUUUUCAGCCCUUCUGCCUUAUAUUUAACGUGCUCGGGAAAUGUCCACGAAAUGAAGUGAAUAAAAGGGUGAAUGAGAGAUUUUAGAGUUGUUGUCGACUCUUUGCAGCAGCCCAGCACCUGCGUGUCUUACCUGAGACUGAGGAGGAGGCUGCUCGUCAACUUGGCGUGAGGCUCACUUUCUCCUGUUCGUUUUCGCCGCUGAACUGAGGGCCUUUUUCCAUCGAAGAUGGCCGGAGAGGACGACCCCUGGAAAGAAGUGCUCGAGAGUGUGCAGGAUGCUGUGGGCCGGCAGGUUAAACUGAGCAUGAAGAAGAAGGUGCAGGUGGAGGUGAAAGGGGACAAACUGGAGAGCCGGAUCCUGGCUCUGGCUCCACAUCGGGCCUUUCUGCUGUCCACUCGAGCCCCCGCCAGGAUAGAACAAACCUUCAAUUUCUUUGACAUUCAAGCUGUCAGCAGCAGCAAGCCAAACCAGUUGGUUGUGGACUAUGAUAAAGGCCAGUUGUGUCUGAAGCUCAGCUCUAAUGAGGAGGCUGAUGAAGUCAUCGCUCAGGUUGGGAUCAGCAUACAGGAACAUUGUCCAGGACUAAACCCAGUGAGGGUGAUGAAGAGACUCUCUCUAAAACCAGCAGAGAGGGUGGCCAGUCUGCAGACACUAUGGGACAAAAACACAUCUACUGACGCUGGACCCUGUGGUGCUUUCUCUCGCAUGUAUUGGUGUGUGUGUGAUCAGUUGGGUCUUCCCUACAGAGAAGAGGUGCAGUGGGAUGUGGACACUAUUUACCUAACCCAGGACACGCGAGAGCUAAACCUGCAAGACUUUAUCCACCUGGAGAACAGGGAUCUGAUGGCCAUCGUGGCUGUGCUGGAAUACAACCAGUGGUUCACCAAACUCUCCCUGAAGGAUUAUAAACUGCCUACAGAUUUAUGUGAUCAGAUUUUGAGAGUAGUGGCUCGUUCUAGCAGGCUGGAGGAGCUGGUUCUGGAAAACACAGGACUCAAAGCUGAUUUUGCACAGAAGUUGGCCAACGCUCUGAGCCAGAACCCCCACUCAGCUCUACAUGCACUUAACCUGGCCAAUAACUCCUUGGAGGACAAAGGAUUAUCAUCUCUGAGCUCUCCACUGGGAAAACUCCCAUCUGGUCUGAAGCAUCUAAACCUCUCAAAAAACUCCCUCUCAACUAAAGGUGUGAAUAUUCUGGCUCAGGCUCUGUGCGCUAACUCUUCUGUCUCCAACACGCUCACACACCUUGACCUGUCUGGGAACACGCUGAGAGGAGAUGACCUGCCUAAUCUGUGGAAUUUCCUGGGUCAGCCGAACAGCCUUCAGACUCUGGACCUGUCCAACUGUGACUGCUCCCUCGACCUGGUGUGCUCGUCAUUACUGCGUGGCUCUUUAAAGCACCUUUCUGUUCUCAACAUGUCCAAGAGUGUCUUCAAUCUCAAGAAAGGGAAGGAGUUACCGUCUUCCUUCAAGCAGUUCUUUAACAGCGCUCAGGCCCUCAACACCAUCAUCUUCUCGGGUACCAGGCUCCCCCUAGAGGCCCUUAAAGCUCUGUUACUGGGUCUGGCCAGCAACCCUAACCUGAAAGACAUUUCUUUGGAUCUGAGCAGCUGUGAGCUGCGGUCGGCUGGCUCUCAGAUUCUGGAGGGAUGUAUAGCUGAGAUCCCCAACAUCGCCAGUCUGGACAUAUCAGACAAUGGUCUGGACUCUGAUCUGACCACUCUGCUGGUGUGGCUGGCUAAAAACCGCUCCAUCAGACAUCUGUCUCUGGGCAAGAAUUUCAGCAACAUCAAAUCCAAGAAUCUAGGUCAGGUCCUGAGCAGUUUGGUCCUUAUGAUCCAGGAGGAGGAUUCGCCACUGAGCUCUCUCUCGCUGGCCGACUCCAAGUUGAAGGCGGAUCUGUCCAUAGUGCUGAACGCUGUGGGAGGAAACAGCUCCCUGACCCGCCUCGACAUCAGCGGAAACGCCAUGGGUGAUAUGGGGGCCAAGAUGCUGGCCAAAGCCCUGCAGAUCAACACUAAACUCAGGACUGUAAUUUGGGACAGGAAUAACGUCAGUGCUCAGGGGCUACAGGAUGUGGCAGCUGCUUUGGAGAAGAACUACACUAUCCGCUUCAUGCCAGUACCCAUCAUGGAUGCUGCGCUGGCGCUCAAGUCCAGCCCAGAGAAGACUGAGGACGCCCUCAUGAAGAUGGAGCAGUAUCUAUUGAGGAACCAUGAGACAAGGAGAUACCUGCAGGAACAGGCCUACAGACUGCAGCAGGGCAUCGUCACAUCUACUACACAGCAGAUGAUUGACAGGCUGUGUGUGAAGGUGCAGGACCAUUUGAACUCUCUUCGCUUCAGUGAGAGGGAGCGUGUCCAGGAGGACAUGAGGACAGCAGAGAGACUCGUACAGGACGCCCGUAACUCAAAAAGACUGUUGGCCAGUAUGUAUCACCUGCGCUCAUGGCGUGGAGGUGGAGGUACUUCUGAUGGUGUGGAGAACCCAUGGGCGGGGCCUAUCCAGGAGAGACUGCAGUCAAUGGCAGGAGACAUCAGCAUUGUCAUAGAUCAACAGCUGCAGACUUUGUUGGUGUCCAUGGUGGACACGGCGGAGAGCGUGUGUCCUCACGUGAUGCGCAGAGCGGAUCUCAGGCCGGUUCUGAUGCGGGCGAGUGAGGGGAGGAUGAGUGUGCCCCAGACCUUCAUCACCAGUACUCUGCUCGAGCAGUCUGCCGUUGACAUCAUCAACAAAAUCAGUGAAGUAAAGCUCAGCUUGGCCUCGUUCCUCUCUGACCGCAUCAUUGAUGAGAUUUUACAAUCCCUUUCUCGGUCUCAACACACACUGGCGGAGCACCUAAGUAGGCGUGGCCAGCCGCUGUUGCAUCACGAUUCGGAGGAGACUGAAGUUGUAGAUGAGAUACAGCUGCAGUCAGAGAACCUGCCAGCACCUCCAGAUGAUCUACUGCUGACUCCCACAUCCAAGAGGAAGAGCAUUCUCUUCAGGAUGGUGCGGCCUGUCUCUGUGGCCUUCGAGCUGGAGUUUGAUCUGGAUAAAGCUCUAGAGCACGUUCCCAUCCACAUGGAGGACCUGCUGCUCCCCCCUCCCCCUGCCCUUGUGGAGGCGGAGUUAGAGAAUCAGGAGAGUGUGUGUUUUAGCGACCUGGCAGAAACAGAGAGUCCCAAACUGGAACACAUCACCAAACGGAGACCCCGCAGGAAGAAGACCAGCAAACCCAGCAAACCUCCUGCCAUCAGAAGAGCUCCUGCUGAAGAUCUGGAGCAGGACGGGUUUGUGGCAAAAGUUGAUGAGGGAGUCGACGAGUUCUUCGCUAAAAAAGUCAUAAAGAUGAUAACCAUGCGUUCCUCUGUGAAAGACUCAGCAGCGGAUGGGGAGAGAAAGAGGGAAUCUCGCAUGAGCGGCUUCUUCAACCUCAUCAAAUCGCGGUCCUCAACCAAAUCCUCGCCCACCAGUCCUCACACAUCCAUCAUCAUGCCCACCAGCGUUACCCCGACAACAACAGUUCCUGUAGCAACAAUCACCAACACAACAAUAACAACAGCACCAUCCGUAGAGGAGUCAGAUGAAGUAGAUCAGACAAAGACUGCAGUCAGGAGUCCAGUUCCUGAACACUCUUCUGAGGCAGUAAAGACUCAGGACAACCAAGUGGAGAAAACUGACCCAGGUGACCAUGGAAACGUGACAGUGACUUCUGAGCCUAAAGGUCACGCAGAGGAGGGUAAGAAGCGUGACGCGCAGCACGGGGGCCGAAUCCGAGGGGUGCAGGUGAUGGGCAAUGACUUCCUGGCUCAGCUCCGGGCAAAACAGGAGAAGAUGAAAGAGAAGGCAGUUGAUUCCUCAGUUUCUACAGCCAAAACAGAGCCUGACCAUGGCGAUGGAGACAUUGGUGCUGUAGAGAAGCUGGUUCAUAAAGAGCGCCAUCCAGAGCCAGCAUUAAGAUCCCACUCUCCUCAGUCUCAGCCAAAACAUGCUGGUCCUGCAUCUGCACCUGUGCCUGUUCAUGCACCUGUUCACACACCUGCUCACACACCUGCAGCCAAGCCCACACCUGCCACCACACAGACAGGCACCAAAUCCUCACUCAGCCCUCAUCCCAGCAGCUCCAAACCUCUCCACAGCCCUCAGGCUUCUGGACCACCAAGCCCAGAUAGGCUCUCGAGCCUGGAGCACCUGCCCAGCCCUUGGGUUCCUCCAAGCCCCCUGACCAGUCCACCAAGCAGCUGUAGCUCCACCACUUCAGCAGAUGAUGUCUCAGGUCACUCCAGUACCAGCUCUUACCCCAAACUGCCUAUAAUGGCUCUACACCACAAGGAGGCACCAUCUGACAUAGCGACAGAGGAGCAGUCACCUGUCUAUCACAGCGUAGAUGGAGUCCCACCUCAUAUAAUUCUGGACACUGCAGCAGAGGACAGUGUGUUUGAGUCAGAAUCGAAUGCACAUACUUCAGAAACAGGACAACACUGCACUUCCCGUCACUCCUCCGCCAAUCCUGCUGAAGAGAAAGUUGGCCUGAGGAGAGACUCUUCUUUAGCUCAGAACCUCAGCACUGCAGACUCUGACACACAGCACCAGCUUGAUGACCAGCACAUUGACCCAACAUCAGCCCACAGUGAGCCACCCAACCAGGACAAAACAGCAGAAUGAACACAAACCAACCAGGACAGUGGUGUAAAAUAACUAUCAUGCAAACCAGGGAAGUUCCAACUUUUACUUUACAGCCAGAUAUACUCCCAGAGCAGGGUGCUUGCCUUCUUGUCACAAAUCUAAUAUAAAAUUAGGGGGAUUCCUGUUUUUUUUUUUAUUAUUAUUAUUAUUUUAUUUUAGUAAACGGUUGAGAUGUAAACGAGGAGUGGUUAGAUAAAAAAUGCUCCCUCCUUGAGAACCUGAGUCAGAAUUGUUCACAGUGGUGGUGAUAGGAACCAGACAUCUGAAGAGUUUAAUGCCUUUAAAAGCUGCUUCACAGAAAGGUGUCACCUUAAAUGGUUAUAAAUAAGCUGUUUGAUGUGAGACGAUAGUUUUUAUCAUGUAACUUUUUUAAAACCACGCACAUGAAUCUUGUUGGCGACUUUUUUUUUCCCCUAGAUUUAUCACUAUUUCACCAUCAUCAGCAUUACAUAUAAAAACUCAGAAGAUAGGUGUAGAUCCACUGGUGGUUUUGGACA